AUGGAUAAAGCUUCUGGAACAAUUGGUCCAUACCUUUCAUCUAAUCAAGAAUUGAAGGAUGAGUUUACAAACUGUAUUAACUGCAGUGUAACACCUGAAGAAUUUGAGGUGAAAUGGGAUGCUAUGAUUAAUAAGCAUGGCCUGGGGGACAUACAGCAUUUUCAGCAUUUGUAUAGCAUCAGAAAGAGUUUUGUUCAAGCGUACUAUAUGCAUUGUUUCUAUCCUUUCCUCCAAUCAACUCAGAGAAGUGAAGGGUUUAAUGUAGUGCUGAAGAGAUAUGUGAAUCCAAACUUAUCAAUACUGUUAUUUGUGAAACAGUAUGAGAAAAUUCAGCAAAAGUGCCUUGUUGCUCAAGAUGGUCAGGACUUUAGGACUGAUGAUAAUGAACGACACACAUGGUCAAAGUACCCUAUUGAGAAAUAUGCAUCAAUUGUGUACACAAAAGGUAUUUUCUAUAAAUUCUCAAAGGAAUUUGAAAAGACUGCAGAAUAUGAUGUGCAGGAGCAUGAAGUGCCCUACCAAUACAAGCUAGUACCGAAUGACAAAUUUGUUGAAGACUAUGGGACUAGGUCAUAUAUUGUGACAGCAAUUGAAGAAGAAACAAGUUACUAUUGUGAGUGCAGCAAGUUUGAUAUGGAUGGGAUAAUUUGCUCCCACAUCAUGAAGAUUUUGAUCAGAUUUGGUGUGAAGACCCUGCCUGAAAGAUACAUAUUGAAAAGAUGGACACAACAAGCAAUUCGUGUUGACACAGAUAUGUCUGCUGAUGCAAACAUUUCUGUUGAUAUUGCGGCUAGUGGUAUGUCUUUGCAGAACAAGAAAACACUGAGAUUCAGCAGCCUUGCUUCUGCACUUGCAAAAUUUGCACGUGAAGGUUCAAACUCAGAUGAUGCUCAUUCUAUUGUUACUAAGCACAUCGAAAUGAUGCAAUCUGAACUUGCAGAUCUAAAGAAGAGGAAGAGUAAGAGGAAGAAGACAACUGUUGUUCCUAGCAAUGACUUUUCUGUUGCAAAUGUAUCUCAGUCUCUUUCUAAUGCAGCUACGACAACUUCACCUCCUGGUCAUAGCUCUACAGCUGCUAUGUCUACUCCUAACCCAAAUGUGCCUGCUCCUGCAAAUUUUCAAGAUGCUUCAUAUCCUGAUAGUUCAAGAUUAGUAAGGAAUCCGCCAAGAUCAGUAACUAAAGGGAGGAAGAAGUCAAAAAGGUUGUCUAACGGGAAGAAUGUGCAACCAAAGAGAAAGAACAAAUGCAGCAUUUGUCACUCUGAGAAUCACAAUGCUGCAAAAUGUCCUAGAAAAAUAACUAAAAGAAUCCCAAGCAAGGAGAUGCAGCUAUUCACAUGA